AUGUCUCAAGCUGAAGAUCCUCGAGCCUCUAAUCGGGCACGAUUUGAGCUAGAGCUCGAGUUUGUACAAUCACUUGCCAACCCUUACUACCUUCAUUCUCUCGCUCAGCAAAAUGUAUUGAACCAACCGGCAUUUAUCAACUUCUUAAAGUACCUCCAAUACUGGAAAGAGCCGCAGUAUGCUCGUUUCAUCCAUUAUCCCCAUGCGCUCCAUCAUCUCGAAUUGCUACAAUAUGAACGAUUCAGAACUGAGAUUGGCAAGGAUGAAUGGAGAGAAUAUCUCAAUCAGAAUCAGUUCGACCAUUGGCGUACAUGGUAG